UGAAUUUUAAAUUAAUACGACAAAUGUUUAAAAAAUGGAAACAUUUGCAGUGACUGAUUUUGAGAAAGUUUGUCGUCUUUGUAUGAAAUUCGAUAAAACAUUUCUUUCAAUUACUUCAUUUAAAAUAAUUGAUAUGAUAAUAGCAUGUGCGUCUGUACAGAUUUGGGAAAAUGAUGAACUGCCAAAUCAAAUAUGUCACAAUUGUUUUCUGCAAUUACAAAAUACCAUUAAUUUCAAAGAAUUAUGUGAAAAUUCAGACCAGACAUUUAGGCAAAUUAUUCAGCAGAAUAAAAUUAAUUUAUCGAAUAACCAGAAUGAUUUUAAUAACGUAAAAGAUGAAAAAUUCGAGAAUUACGCUGAUGAUCUUCCUCUAAUAAAUAUUAAAGAAGAAAUUCCUGAAAAUGCCACAAAUGAAAAUACUUUAGAAAACAUAAAAAUUAAAAUUAGUCACAAUGAAGAUGAUUAUAAAAAAUCAGAAACUGAAGAAGAAAAUGAUAUGUGUGAAGAUAUCCAAGAUGAUGAAAAUGUCAAAACGUUUAGUUGUGAAAAAUGUAAUAAAGAAUUUAAAAAAAUACAGACAUUGGGUCAACAUAUGCAUCAAGAACAUGGAGCCACAGCAUUAAAAUGUAAUAGGUGUAAAAUAAAGUGUUAUCAUCCAUUACAUUUAAAAGAGCAUAAAAAAUUAGCACACAAUCCAUCGAAUUUUAUUUGUCAACUGUGUGAUAAAUCAUUCAAACUUAAACGGGAUCUAAAGCGUCAUAAUAAGGAAGAACAUUCACUCGUAGAAAAGUUUGUAGCAUGUCAUAUUUGCGGUAAAUCAAUAACGAAAAAAGCUCUAAAACGACAUUUGGAAACGCAUGAAGAACGUGACAAACUGAAAUGUGACCGUUGUUCAAAAACAUUUGUGCUUCAAAGAUCGUUAGAUAUUCAUAUUAAAACAGUGCAUGAAAAACAAAUACUUGAACGUAAACAUUUAUGUAAUAUUUGUGGAUUUGCGUCACGUAAAGCGUCUCAGUUACGUCAGCAUUUUAUAAUGCAUUCCACUGAACGUCCUUACGCGUGUGAUCGUUGUGAUAAAACGUAUAAAACUUCUGAUAAUUUAAAAGAACAUGUUUCAAAAGUGCAUUUAAACCAACGAAAAUAUCAGUGUACGUUUUGUUCACAAGCCUUUUUUGAAAGGAGACAUUUAGUGCAUCAUGAACGACGUCAUACGGGUGAAAAACCACAUAAAUGUGAAGUGUGCGGUAAAAGGUUUAUACAAAAAAUUGCGUUGAAAAGUCAUAUGAAAACACAUACGAACUCUGGAGAAAAUCUUGCGCUAAGCUAAAUUUGGAUAUGGUACAAAAUAUAGUAAGUGAGCGACAUGUGACCAAAUAUUAUCAUAUUACAUCCAAAUUGAAUAAGAAUAUUCAUAGUUAUCACUAAUUAAUUCGUAAGAAAUAGGACUAGAAGAAUAAAUGAAUUAAUUUAAAUAAAUUGAACGUUUCGUCAUUUAUUUAUGAUUUCUAGGGCCGGAUUAACCCUCAACGGGGCCCUAGGCAUCCAUCAAUUUGAGGGCCCUUUUUUUUCACGUGCGUUCCCUUCUUUUUUCGAUUAAAAAAUACAAACUUAUAUCUUUCAUAAAAAUUUUAUUGUCACAAUGUAAUAAUAUCAAUUACUAUCUACAUUUUAAACAUGUCUUUUUCUACAUUUGUUUUCGGCAAAUUCAUCAAUUUUUUAGGAACCUUGUCUAGUUCGUCGGUCGUCGCCUUUUGAAUGCGGUCAAUUGAGUUUUAUUUAUUUGAGUAAAAUUUAUUUUCAGUUCUGAUUAUAUUUUUCUUUCACUCUCUAGAAUUUUAUGUUUGUAAGAAAAUUUUAGAAGUCUUUCAUUUUUCGGGGGCCCCAGGCAACUGCCUAUUCUGCCUACUUGUUAAUCCAGCCCUGAUGACUUCCUCAACAACUUAAAUUAAAAUCAAUAAUAAUUUAACAAUGAUAAAGUGUUAAAUUAUUAUUGAUUUUAAUUUUAGUUCCUGAGAGAGUCAUAAAUAAAUGACGAACCGUCGCUUUAUUUAUUCUCCUUGUUCUAUUUCCUACGAAUGAAAUAAUAAUACAAAAUAAGUAUGAAUUCCGCACUUUGAAUGCGGGUCAAGCUCCUGGAAUACCAUUCACUCCGGUGAAAACUACGUAAAAAGUUUAAUUGAUAGCGCUGUUCGAUAUAUGUCUACCACUGGCGAUUUUGCGUCAAUUUGACGACACUCAUUGAACGCAGCUGUAAAUUUAAACACAAACACAUACAAACUUAAGUUUGAAUUUUAUUCAAAGUUAUGCUUGUCAUCCAAAAAUUAUGUAAGAUAAAAUAAAGUUCUAUGUUUAGUUUAAAAACUAUGU